GAAUUCUCCGUUUGAUAUGAGGCUGCACGGGCGCACGUCUAAACUUAAUCCGCUGUAUUAGCAACCAGUACUAGACUUCGUUUAGGACUUAGUCAGUACACUCCAGAUGAAAGUAAAGUAAAUAAGACGGGAAUAUAUUACUAUUGUAUACAACAAUUCUUCAAAGUAAUAAUAUUACUGUAUCAUGUUAUAGGCUAAUGACAAACUGGACAACAAUAAAUCAUUGUUGGGUUAUAAUAUUAAUAAAUAACAACGACCAGGAGGCCCCCAAGAGCACGUGAAAUGACAGCUUGAUUAAUUUUUUUUUUUUGUGAUUAUACUGUCAGUGGACAAUGUUAAUUAUACAAAAACGCAAUAUUAAAUGCAACAUUAUGUUAACGGGCUGCAGGAUGCAAGCACAUUCAGACAGCAAAACAGCAAUGUCACAAAAAAGGACAUAUCCUCUGGUGCAAAGAAAAGGAAAAAGAAGAAAACAGAGGAAGAGAAAAAACAGGACGAUAAAGGUCCAUCCUCUGCAGGUGAGGAGCAAUUCCCAUCAUGUACAUCCACUGAUGUUGUCAUCUAUCCUGUCUGACUCAGAAAGGACUGAUCUGGUAAGCAGAGGGCCACUGCCUAUAAAGGAAAACUUCACAUUCCCUAAAAAACCUGAUGGCCAAAGCUUCCACUACACCUACAGAAAGUUAAUUAAUGGGGAAAAAAUGUAAGUGGAGCUGCUCACUUAUUCAAAAAGAAAUUAUACUGUCUACAGAUUCUGCUGCAAAUUGUUCUCUAGGAAGUACACAAAACUGGUAACAGAGGAUCAACAGGAUUGGGUAAAUAUAGGUGUGCUACUGUUACAUUUAAAACCGUAGAAGGGUAAAAUCAUGCCAGGCAGACAUUGGUAUGUUGUAAGCAACACAGCUACAACUAAUAAAAUUGAUAAGGGGUGUGUUAGAUUUAUAGUGUGCGAAUAAUAAAGCAUUGACAAUAUUCAAUCAUUUUGGCUGCACCGAAGGGCCCCCAAAUCAAAUUCUGCUUAGGGCCCCAUAAAGGCUUGGGCCGGCCCUGCCGUCACACUUUCAAAUCUACCGCAUUCAUGAUACACAUGAGAACCAAUAAGGACACUCACUAUGCCGUGCUAGAGUUUGUGUCCCUUUUUUUUUUUUUUUUUUUGUCAUCUAGUCAGCCUUGUUUCGAAAGCGUCAUUGCACAUACAUAAAUAAAUAACAAAACAGUUCCUGAUGAUGAAUUAGUAAACACUGAACAUUCUUACAUUUCUAAAUGUAAAGAAUGAGAUUUACAGAAAUACUGAAGAACAGAAGAGCAUUUAAGAGUUUCAGUACUAUGUUACCUGUUUAAAAUGAUUGACUUUAUGCAUGAUGUGACCGCUAUACUAGCAAUACUGGAUGAUACUGACAUUUGGAAACUGUAAUGGACUUGAUACUGCAUGUGUGGGGUCCUCACUGUCAAGCCCCACAUAACCAAAAACAUGAUUAUUUCUGUCUAUGUUUGUGUGUGCAAGGGGAAAUCCCCCUUAGCCACUUAUAUGUGUGGGUGCAGGUGUACCUGUCCCUGUGCAUUUGAAGGUGUACACAUGCGUUGCGUAUGUAUUCUUGUGUGUGAGUGUAAAGUUUUAUAGGAGUAGUUUGUGUGUGUGUCUGUGCUUGUUUAGGGAGGGUGUCUCUUUUUCCUCAGGAAAGUGCAUCAUCAUCUGGGAGCAAACUGAAUUGCUGCCUCCAACAUUCCAACAGAAGGCCCCAAAAUCUUCGAGAGAGGAACACGCACACAUACUCUUACUGAUAGGCUCUCUAUCACACAGACUCUGGAAUGGAUUUGCCCUGAGCUGACUGCGCACGGCAGGGUAAGUUAACCGGCAUCAGAAUGCCUAUCUUCAAGAAACUGCCCAGGAGGUUACUUAGUAACCGCACCAACGGUGAUCUUAACCAAAAGAGUAACCUUACAAAUGGUGAACUCACCCUAAAAAGUAACCAUAGCAACGGGGAACUCAUUCUACCAUCAUCCGAUCUCAAUCCGUUUGAGGGGGCGUGGGCAGGUAUAGGGUGGAGUAAGGAAGACGGUGGGGUUUGGGAGAAUGGACAGGACUACCAAACAUCAUCUCAGGUGAGUGAGGCACAUGAGAAUGAGGCAAACACAGAGCAGCGUGGAGGCUCAAAGGUCACUGAGGGAUCAAAAGAAAAGAGAGGAACUCUGGAACGAAUCUGUGGCUCAUCACCAUUGAAGACCCUUGGGAAGUUGGGAAAGGGGCUUCGUAUGACUGGAAAAAAUGUGUGGGGUGCUACGCCUUCACUACGGAGUGCCACCCUUCCAGCAACACCCUCGUCAGGAAAGAAAAAAAAUUAUCGACGAGCCUCAGAGGAGAUCAUGACCUUACUGAGGCUGGCAGGUCGUCGUAAGGAGAGUGAACGCAGAGAUAGUCUGCCUGCAGGGGAUCUGACUGCUGAAAAUGAGGAAGACGCUCGUAGACAGCCCUCAUUCCUACGUAUUGUCAGUCUGAGCAAGCUCAGAGGAGACUCAUUAACAAACCGCAGCUCCCAGGAGGAUGAGCAAGAUAUAGAAGAGGAAGAACAGCCAGUCAAACGCAGGGAGCCUCUUUCAGUGCUGGAGAUCCUGCAGUUAGUCAACCAGAGAGACCUGCUGCUUGCAGACACACACAUCCAAGAGCUGGAGAGGGAGUGUGAACUUGAUCCCUCCUUCUUGACCCAAACCACACCCAGCAAUAUAACUCCUCCUACUCUGACCUCACCUCCUUGGCUCCCUUUUUUGGCCGGUUUGGGCAAUGAGGAUUCUGGUCCAAGCAUGUGGGAUGCUGGUCUGCGUAAAGUGAAAGAUGUAGAGCUGCUUUACGAGGCCCUUCAGAGAGAGAUGUGGGAUGUGGUGAGAGAGUCGCUACGUCAGCCCUGCACCGGGCCGCAGCUUGGCCUUGUGGUGCUGGUCAUACAACAGGAAGAGCAGGCUGACAAGGUCUGGGCCCUACACCAAGAGGCUCAAUCCAACUUCCAAGCUGGUGACUAUUCCGAAGACCGUUCUCUCUUGUAUGAGGGUGCACGACCCUCAAAGAGACCCAGGAAGCUGCGUCAAAGGUGGGUGGAGGCUGUCGGAGAGGCAGCAGACUGGUGUCUUCCUCAUCCAGGGGGCAUCGCUGCUGGGCAGAUGAGCAUGUAUUUGGAGCGUUUGCGGGGCAGGGUGGUGGAGGAUAUGGAUGCAGCACGUCGAAAUGUGGUGGCUGUUUAUCCCGAGGAGUUCUGCGUGUUUCAGGUCUACAUGCAGAGUUAUCACAGGGCUGUUGCCAAGAGACUGAAGACCAUCACUUGUGGACCCAUUCAGAUCACUGACACAUACUCACUGCUGGACUGGAUCUACAACAUUUACAACAGGGAUGUCUUGGCUACAGUUGGAGCAAUGGGCACCAUAGUUUGUGAAGCUCUAGAUCCUCUCCUUCCUGAAGAUGUCAUAGACCGGCUAGAAGAGGGCUGCGUUGACACUGUUUGGGAGAAGGUGACUACAGAGCUGUCUCAGGUUUUGGAUGAUGAAGAGAAGCGAUGGGCUCAGACGCUGCACAUUGAAGAGUAUCAGUCUGGCCUUGCUCGUUCUAUUAUACAGAGGCUGAAGGUAGAUUUGGACAGAUCAACAGCUGUCAGUCAGCCACUAGGGGCUCGUAUUGCUCGCUGCACCUUGAAUGGACUUGCAGAUUUCUUGUACAGUUUCCAGAGAAAAGUUGAGAUGUUCCACGACACACAGUCAGAGUUUGGGGAUUGUGGGGAUGGAUACGUCUCCAGGACGAUUGCUCUUGUUAACUGUGUUCCACCAUUCAGGAGUUUUGUGGAGCGCUGUCGUCUGUGUGACACUCUUGGCAGUGAGGACGUCUCUCAGCGAGCUCAUUCCUCUCUGGAGAGAAUUGUCAACCAGUCAGUGCGUGUUCUCACUGACAUACUGUUUGAAAACAUCAGGCCAUUCUUUGAUAAGCUGGUCAAAAGGAAAUGGCUGGAUAACACUGAGGCCUAUGAGAGCAUUGAGGCAACCAUUAAACAGCACUUUAAAAAAUUCCGCAGAAUGGACUGCCCUCCUUAUCAGCUAUUGGUGAAUGAGGUGCACAGGCGGGUCCUGGUUGAAUAUGUUCGUGCCAUCAUGAGGGGGCGGGUCAUCUGUACAUCACUCAAAAUGAGGAAGAGAGUAGCAUUUCGGCUGCAGGAUGAGUCCAAACAGCUGAAGGCUCUUUUUGAGGAUCUGGAGUCAACUGCCUCCUGGUUAGACAGUGUGAUUAUUCAUCUGGCUGACAUCAUAGUUUUGGAGGACACUCCCUCGAUUCAGAUGGAAGUUGGGGUUUUAGUGAAGGAGUUUCCAGAUAUACGGAGGAGACAUAUCUCUGCUGUGUUGAAUGUCCGUGGGAUGGUGCAUCAGACAGAUCGUCAGGAGAUUCUGGCCGUUGUUCGUGACUUGGAGACUAGUGACAGCUCCAUUAAUCUGCCCAGAGAUCACGCCAUGUUCUCUGAAAUUGCAGUGGCCAAAGACAUACCCUGUCUGGGACUGGUUCUGAUCCGGUGUGCUCUGACUGUCUCAUCAUGGGUUGCCAGUGCCCGACCUCACCGUAAACGCAGCACAAGGAACCGGAAUGAAAAACAUGCAAACAGCAGACUGCACUCUUAAACAUAAUGACAUGCAACAUACAGUGACUGCUAUGCAAGCAUCUAAAACAACAUAAAUAAGCAACAUCACAACACCAAAAGACUGCAGGUUUAUGGUUACAACAAAAUAAGUUGAUACAAGAUGCAAAUCUCAUUCUGUUGUUAGUCAUAUGUUUGUCACAAACUAGGUCAAUGUGAACAGAACAUGGUGGCCAAAAUGGAGAAUAAGAUGAGUUUAUGGCAGUAAAAGUAAAGUCACGACAAUGCUUGUCCUUCAGAACACAGCUGCAGCCAAAUGUGUGACUUCUUCAAAAGACAGGAAAAAGGCUAUAAUUCUUUUAAACAGGCUGUUAGUGGCUGAUUUGUUUUGACUAGCUGGAUCUCUGACAUGUCAGUAGCUAGAAGAUUUAAGAGGAAUGGCAGGAACCUCCCCUCGGGAGAGUUGGGAAUCGAGAAUGUCAGUUCUUUCUAGUUUAAGAUUGACUCUAAAUCACAUGAUAAAGCAUGUACAGUAUAGGAUGUUAUCAGAACACCAGGUACAGUCAUACAAUUCAUGUACAAUUUUGGAAUUUUUGUUAUAUAGAGAAAAGAAAUCAUUUAAACGGUUUAAACGUUGAUGUCUGUUUCAUUUAAAAAACAUGAUACGUCUUUUUUGUACCAAUGUUUAGGAUUCUCUCCAUAUCAGUUGGUAAUCUCUAUACAAAUUUGUGCUACUGAGAUCACUGAAAAAAUCAAACACUGAGAAUGAAUGUUUGUGAUAUUGUUUCAGACCAGAUAAAGAAAUAAAGACACAUUGACUGUGAAAUUAAGUAAAACAUUAUUAAAAGUAGAAAAGUUUCUUUUUAAUAUUAUUUUACUAUUUAGAAAAAAGUAGAACAUUUACUGAUUUAGUAUUCCAGGAAUAAUUGUAACCUUUAAACCAAUAAUCAGUUAAAGACUUGUACUGUAGUCCCAGGUAGAUUCAGCACAGUCACCUGGUCCUUUAAGCUUUCUUUUUGUUCUGUGGGUUUGGGCAGAAUUGAGGUUAAGCUCCGCACCCUAAAAGAUCAGGAAUGUUUUAGGUAACUGGUCUAUUCCUACUGUUCUGAGAAGUGCCAAACAAAUCUUCUCAUCAGAGCCAAUUAUACACACCCCCACAGGCAGCCUCUUCAUUUUCAACACAACAACUCAAUUCCAAACAAACUUUUUGUCAGACAAACACACACACACACACACUCAAGCAAACAAGUCAGGCUUUUUUUUAAUUAUAUAUAUAUUUUUCACACAAACUCAGAAAUAGCUUAAUCACUGUAAAGUCAGUGUCAUAUGAGAUAACAGGAGCUCCUAAAUGAAAAUGUGUUGUUGCCCAUAUUAUUUGACUUCAUCUCCUGCUGAUUAAAUCAUCACAACAAAUGGAAAUCAAUCUAUUUUUAAAGCAUUGGACUUCGAUAAGUAAGACUGAAACCUUGCAAAAUCUAUAAAUACACCAUUUUCUGAGCAGAUUAAGUGUCUUUUUUAAUUUUACCCUUGGCAUUGAAAGUUGAGGAGCGGUUGACAUAAGCAUCCUUUUAGGCAACAUAAUUAAACAAGAUAACCCAUAAAUUCUCAACUCAGCAGUUUAUUUUGGGUGACACAACACCAGAUUUACAGUUUUGUGGUGGUGUUGUCCUAUACCAAAAAAAAGGUUUAUCUGGAGUUGUGUAUGUUCUUAGAAUGUGACAAAACCUUUUAGAUGAUGCAAUAUGUUUAGUCCUAGUGUAAGUACAUAGGUCAGCAAUGAGAUGACCCUUUCAUUGCUAAUAAAUGUAAAUUGGCUAUUGCAGUGGUGCAUCUAGUUUAUCUAAGUUAUAUUGUAAGCACUUUUUUGUUUGUUUUUUUUAAAACACAAAGUAAACCUAUUUUCUCAGCUUUUGAAGUGUGCAUGAAUAAAUAAAGAGCGAGAGGAGAUUUUGAAGUAUCUUCAAGGCACAAACUGUUUAAAGCAACCUGUUUAUUUACAAUUUUCACAAUGUCCUGACUGUGUGAGGCUUUAGAACACCAGAUGAUAAAUUGAAACCAAUGUUCUGAAAUGUAUACACUUUAAAUUCAACUGCUGACUUCUGUUUGACGUUUGAAUAGCCGUUUAUUGAUUGAUGAUCACACUCCUGUCAAGUUCGGCCAUUGAUCAAUUCACCUAUUUUUGGCUGCCUUUAUUUGGUUUGGCAGUUGGUGGAAAGAUUAGAAAUGAUGUCAAAAACAGAGCACUUUAAUGAAUAUAUAUAUAUAUAUAUAUAUUAACCUUUGCUUGAUUCAUUUAUCAUUUAGUUUUCUUUUUUCUUCUUUUUUAUUUUCUUUGUUAAAUGCUAUCUGUCAUUGUGUUUUUGCUGCCUUCCUGGCCAG